AUGACCCAAAUGAACGGCCACAGCGAGCUUAAUGGCCAUAAUGGAGAACUCUCCAACGGAACCAUGAAUGGACAUGUCAACGGCCAUACCAACGGUCAAACAAACGGGCACACCAAUGGCCAUGCUCUUAACAGAAACCAGACUGAGGGGAUCAAUGGCAGCAUCACCAACGGCCAUAGCACACAGAGCAACGGACACACCAUGCCCAUUCCCACUGCCGCUGAAGCCAAUGCCCCCAAAUCCUCCUUUGAACCCAUCGCCAUCUGCGGAAUGGCAUGUCGACUCCCUGGAGGAAUUGCUUCUCCCAGUGACUUGUGGGAGUUUCUUCUCGAGGGAGGCGAUGCUCGAGGCCGCGUUCCUAUGACAAGAUUCAAUAUUGACGGUUACUACAAUGCUCACAAGACUGGGAGUGCCAACUGUCAGUACGGCUACUUCCUCGACGAGUCCGUUGAUCUGGCUGGGCUAGAUACAUCCUUCUUCUCCAUGUCUCGCCGCGAUGUCGAGUGGCUCGACCCUCAGCAGAGGCUGAUGCUUGAAGUGGCGAGGGAGUCGGUCGAUGAUGCUGGUGAGGUCAACUUCCAAGGCUCGAGCACCGGCGUAUAUAUCGGUUCGUUUGCAAAUGACUGGUACGAUAUCAUGGGGAGAGAUCCUCUACACAGAAGUGUUGUUUCGACUAUUGCAUCGCAUGACUUUAUGAUCUCGGAACGUAUCUCUCACGAGAUGGAUCUGAGAGGGCCAAGUAUGACCAUCCGAACCGCCUGUUCAUCUGCUUUGGUCAGUCUGAACGAGGCUUGUAUGGCCAUUGGCAAGGGUGACUGCGAAUCUGCCAUUGUCGGAGGAACAAGUCUCAUCCUGGCCCCUGAUCUGCUUACACGAUUGGCCGACCAAGGUAUUAUCAGCCCUGAUGGUUCAUGCAAGACAUUUUCCGCCGAAGCCAACGGUUAUGCUCGCGGUGAAGCCAUCGUCUCCAUCUACAUCAAGUCACUGAGCGCCGCUAUCCGAGACGGGAACCCCAUUCGUUCCAUCAUCUCUGGUGCUGCCGCCAACUUUGACGGGAAGACUAAUCCUCUGACGAACCCAAGUGUUACGGCCCAGGAGACAUUGAUCAGGAGAGCGUACUCCGUCGCAGGCAUCCGUGAUGUUUCCAAGACAGCUGUGUUUGAGUGCCACGGAACAGGAACUGCAACUGGUGAUCCAAUCGAGACUGAGGCGAUUGCUGCCGUGUUUGGCGAACAGGGCAUCUACCUCGGAUCGGUCAAGCCAAACCUGGGACACUCUGAGAGUGCCUCUGGGCUUACUGCCGUCCUCAAGGCUACCCUGUCUCUGGAGCACAAGAUGAUCGCCCCCAACAUCAAGUACUCUCCCGUUAACCCCAAGAUUCCCUUCGAGCGUGCCAAGCUCGUUAUUCCUGAGGAACCAACACCAUGGCCAGCUGGACGUGACGAGCGCAUCAGCAUCAACUCUUUCGGUGUUGGUGGUUCCAACGCCCACGCUAUCGUUGAGUCUGUCGAGAGCUUCAUGGCAUCUCACCCGCAAGUUAUCCCCAAGCCAGCGACCGAACCAAACUCUGAGGACGAAGGUCCCAGACUGUUGCUGUUCUCGGCAAAGACUACGCCCUCUCUCAAGGCAAUGACCGCCAGCUAUGAGGCCCUCUUUGACAGUGGAGAUGUGUCGAACCUAUCUGACAUUGCAUACACGCUUGCAACCAGAAGAGAACACUUCAGCCACAGGUCUUUUGCCAUCGCUACCAAAGAAAAUAUCCAAGUUAGCACCUCCGCGCUCUCCAGGGAGAAUCCAUCUUCCCCAAGCUCUCUCAUCAUGGUAUUCAGCGGCCAGGGUGCUGCUUGGCCUCAGCUUGGACGAGAGCUACUGCUGUCCAACAGCGUCUUCUCAGGUACUAUAAGUGCGCUACAGGAGCAUCUUGGAACGCUCGGCUCUGCUUCACCAACCUGGUCUCUUGCCGAAGAGAUUCUCAAACCAGCCCGAACAAGCAGAAUCUACGAAGCUGAAUUCUCUCAACCGCUGUGCACCGCAUUACAGAUCGCCCUCAUCGACACCUUUGCCUCGGUCGGGGUAAAGCCUGAUGCUGUUGUCGGCCACUCUAGUGGUGAAAUUGCUGCGGCGUACGCUGCUGGGGCUUUGACGGCGAGGGAGGCCAUCAUCAUUGCCUUCUUCCGUGGUUCAACAACUGCUGAGCAGAAGAACCUACAGGGUGGAAUGGCUGCUAUUGGUCUUGGAUGGGCAGACGCGGAGAAGCAUCUCAAGCCCGGUGUGGUCAUCGCUUGUGACAACUCUCCCACCAAUGUCACCAUUUCUGGUGACAUUGAGCCGCUGCAAGCUGUAGUGGCUGAGGUGAAGGAAGCUCACCCAGGGGUCCCCGCCACUACUCUCAAGGUCGACAAGGCCUAUCAUUCUCAUCACAUGCUGGGUGCUGGCGAUAUCUAUCACGCAGCCCUCGUUGAUUCAGGGGUUAUUGGGAAAGCACCUCAGAUCCCUUUCUUUUCCAGUGUGACUGGUGAGCUUCUCUCUGGGACAGAAAAGGCGAAUCAGCUUGGUCCAAAGUACUGGCAGACGAACUUGGAACGACCUGUCUUGUUCCGAUCUGCCGUGUCGUCAAUCAUCGCAUCUUCUGAGCCAAACCAUCACCAAGUCUUUUUGGAGCUUGGCCCUCACUCCGCUCUUGCUGGGCCCCUGAGGCAGAUUCUGACAGACAAAGCAAGCAAGGCUUCGUACGUCCCAUCCCUGGUCAGAAAGCAAGACAGUGUCGAGAACUUCCUACAGGCCAUUGGAAAACUCUACAGUCUGCAUAUGGAUGUUGACUUGAAGUCAUUGUUUCCCACUGGUUCUUGCGUCGCUGGCCUGCCUUGCUACCCAUGGAACCACCAGAAUCGCCUCUUCUUCGAGUCUCGCUUGGCCAAGGAAUGGCGAGAGCGAGAGUUCCCGGACCACAACCUUCUGGGAAUACGGAGUCAUGAGAGCACCAGCCUAGAGCCAUCGUGGAGAAAUCUCCUCCAGGUGUCUCGCACCCCAUGGAUUGCUGAUCACAAGAUCGGCGAGACGAUAGUCUUCCCCUUUGCGGGAUACAUUGCCAUUGCAUCAGAAGCCUGCAGGCAAAUCACUGGCAUCCAAGAAGGAGUUAGUCUGCGGAACGUCAAGGUCCACACGGCUUUGGUCAUUGAGGAAGAUGGUGCUACAGAGAUCGUCACUACCCUGCGCCGUGUGAAGCUGACAGAAGAGCAAGACAGUGAGUGGUGGGAGUUCUCUGUGAGCUCACACAAUGGCCACGUAUGGAUCAAGCAUUGCUGGGGACAGGUUCGGGGAGAGCAGAACCCGUUCCCUGAGAAAGAGGUUAUCAAGAAAAGUGACGAUGUGCUGCCACGAGAGGUCAACGCUUCCAAGUGGUAUGAAGUCGUUUCUGAAGAGGGACUCACCUAUGGGCCUACUUUCAACACCAUGAAAAGCAUCUGUACAUCGACAAAACCACCUCAUCAAGCCUCAACAACUAUACAGAAUGGUGAGAGCCGGUGGGAUGAUGCUUCAGAGUAUCACAUGCACCCCAUUGUCCUCGACACCUUCUAUCAGUUGGUGAGCUGCACAUCUACACUUGGAAUCUGCCGUUCCUACCGACGACUCGUUGCUUCAAGCAUUGAGUUCAUGACCAUGGCUCGGUGCAAUGAUGAGAGAGUGAGCAUCGAGGUGUCUUCAGAGCUUGGACAGGACCUCGUUGGUAGCGGUACCGUGUUUUCAGGAUCGAAGCCCGUCAUGCGAGUCAUCAACUCUCAUUCUUCAUUCUUUGAAGAGGGAGAUGUAGGCGAAAACGCCAAAGUCCCCAUCACGGCGAGAUGCGAGUGGGUGCCAGACAUCGAUUUCAAGUCGCUUGGGGAUCUUUUGAAGUGUCCUGAGGAUACCGAGGACUCAUUCAGGAACGUAACGGAGCUUUCCAAGAUAUUGAUCGCCCAGGCGCAUCGAUUGGCUUCCAGUGUUGAUGUUCAAGUUCCUCAUCUGAUCAUGUACAAGAACUGGCUCGACAAAGUCAUGGACCCGAGCCUUGCGGCUUCUGACGACGUGGACCUGGCCAACAUCUCCAAGUCUCUUUCUCAGAAGAUCCAAGGCAACGGAACUUCGCCAGCAAGGCUUGCCGCCGAAGCAAUGAUUGCGACUUAUGAUAAGCUUCGCGAUCUUCUGAGUCAACAAGAGGCUGAAGUCACGGAACUUGAUUCUCAUUCACCACUCGAAAUGGUGUCUCAGCCGGAUAUUUCCAAUUUCCUCCUAUCUCUCGGCAACAAAAAGCCUACACUCAGAGUUCUGGACUUCUACUCGGGAUCUAUCGAGACAACUUCCAAGGCUAUCGAGGUUCUUACUCGCAAUGAUGGCACUCGUCUGUUCUCCAAGUACACCAUCGCCACGCCUUUACUGGGUAUGCCAGAGGCUUCAAGCGAACACCUCAAGAAACUAGUGCCCGACAUUGAAUUUACGACUCUUGAUCUCAACCAGAGUCUAGCAGACCAAGGGUUUGAUGACCGACAGUUCGACCUCAUUAUCGCCUCGGGCACCGUUAGCUCGGCCAUGAACGCAGAGAAGUCCCUCGAGAGUCUUCGAAACUUGUUGAGUCCUUCUGGAAGACUUCUGCUUCAGGAACCUCGACCUGAUUCACUUUGGGUCAAGUUCGUUCUUGGAACUACUCAAAGAUGGUGGUCACAUGAGGACAGACGUAUUGAGGGGCCAAUCGUGGAUUCGGAAACACUCCAAAGACUCUUGGAAACAUCCAACUUUGCCAAUGUGGAACAGCUGAGUUUGGCUCCCUGGGCUGCUACUGUCGUGGUGGCCAGGCGGGAGCCCAAAAAUACACCUAAAAAGCGAAUCACUUUGCUAUGUCAUGGAGGGGGACCAUCUGAGCUGACACGGGAGCUUGAAGCUCAAGGCUACGCUGUCGAUCGCUGCUUUUUGGACCAGACUCCUCCUCUUGGUCAAGACAUCAUGGCUGUUCUCGAUGAGCAAGGCCCCUUUAUCGAGAGUAUCGACGCCGACGGGUUCUCAAAGCUCAAGACAUUUGUCAACAGCAUCCAGAGCCCCAAUGGCCUUCUUUGGGUAACACGCCAAUCGAGUGUUGAGUGUCAGGAUCCCAGAUUCGCUCAGACAAUAGGGUUCACUCGCACUCUCCGCAACGAAACAUCUACGGAUAUCGCUGUCUGUGAGGUAGACAACAUCACAUCGCCCGAGAAUCUGGCAACUCUGGUCAAAGUUCUGGCCCAGUUCCAGACCAGGAGUCAGGAUGGUGUGCUCGGCCCGGACCUGGAGUAUGUCAUCAGGAAGGGUGAGGUUCUGGUGAAUCGAAUCUUCCCGGCCGCGCUGGAUAAGGAGCUAGAGGAUGAAGUGAGUGAGAGUGAGGCAUAUAUCACUAUGACACAGCCAGGUCGUAUGGAGAGCUUGUUCUGGGCAUCACAGCCUCCAACUGAUCCCAAGGACGACGAGAUUGAGGUUGAAGUAUAUGCCAGUGGCCUCAACUUCCGUUACGUCUUAGUUGCCAUGGGAAUAAUCCCACCGGCCAAGAGUCUCAAGUUUGGUUACGAAGCGGCCGGCGUUGUCCGAAGGGUUGGUUCCAACGUCACCAAGCUUCGUCCUGGUGACCGUACUGUCUUUGUCGGAGAGGACACCUUCAGUACUGUUGUGAGAGUACCUGAACUUCUGGCCCAAAAGCUGCCUGACGACAUCAGCUUUGUUGACGCCUCGGCCAUUCCUAUUGUCUUCUUAACUGCUGUCUACGGCCUUAUCGAUCUGGGACGCCUCACUAGAGGCCAGUCCGUUCUCAUUCACAGCGGUUGUGGCGGUGUAGGACUUGCUGCUAUUCAAGUCGCCCGCAUGCUUGGUGCCGAGAUUUACACAACAGUUGGCAGUGAAGCCAAGGUUGAGUACUUGACCAAGACAUUUGGCAUCCCCAGAAACCAUAUCUUCAGCUCUAGAGAUGCGUCAUUCGCCACAGAUCUGCUACGGGAGACUGGAGGUAAAGGUGUCGAUGUCGCUCUGAACUCGCUGAGCGGAGAACUUUUGCACACAACCUGGAAGUGCAUCGCCAGAUGGGGCACCAUGGUUGAGAUCAGUAAGAGGGAUCUCCUCGGAAACGCCCAGCUUGAUAUGAGCCCUUUCUUGGAGAACCGCAACUAUUGCUGCAUGGAUGUUGACCAACUGAGAGCUGAGCGUCCCGAGGUUAUCAACCGUCUUCUCUCUUUUAUUAUGAACUGCUUCUCCAACCGCAUCCUCAAACCAAUCCGGGUCGAUCAGGUGUUCCCCGGCUCUGCGGUCCUAGAUGCCUUCAGACACAUGCGGCAAGGCAAACACAUGGGCAAGAUUGUUCUUGAGAUCCGAGAUGCCACUGGAAAGCCUCUGACUGGCCCAGUUCAGGCCACUAAGAUAACCAAUCUCCAACUCGACGGAAGCGCAUCAUAUCUACUUGUUGGUGGCCUGGGUGGUUUAGGCCGCGCCCUCUCCGUUUGGAUGGUCGAAAGAGGUGCCCGAAACCUAGUAUUCCUGUCUCGCAGCGCCGGAAGCAGCACUCAGCAUGACAAUUUCAAGAAGGAGAUCGAGAGCAUGGGCUGCAGUGUCCAGUUUAUUCGUGGCGACGUAACCAACGCCGACGACGUCACCCGCGCCAUUGGCGAGGUGUCUUCUCCUCUCAAGGGCAUUAUCCAAAUGUCCAUGGUUCUUCGAGACCGCAUGUUUGAAGACAUGACGUUCCAGGAGUGGGAGGCGACAACUCGACCAAAGGUUCAGGGCACCUGGAACCUACACAAGGCGUCUCUGGCUGCCAAGUGCCCCCUCGAUUUCUUCCUUCUCUUCAGUUCCUUAUCUGGCAUACUUGGUCAAGUCGGACAAGCCAACUACGCCAGCGCAAACACUUUCCUCGAUGCCUUCGCUCGAUACCGAGCUGGAAUGGGACUUCCUUGCACAUCCCUUGAUCUCGGAGCCAUGGAAGGCAUUGGAUAUCUUGAUGAGAACCAGGACUUGCUCCGAAAGAUGAAGGGCACCGGAUGGCGUCCUGUAGACGAGAGUGAAUUAGUCGAAGCACUUAACAUUGCUCUGAUGCCUCCGUCCUCUCCCCAAGAGUACGGCGAUGCAUUCCUCCUCGGUGUUGCUCCCACUGUUCCUCUAGGAAGCGCAGAGAGUAGCACGCGUCUAAGCAAGGACGUGAGAAUGGCGGCAUAUCACAACAUCGGCCGCGGCCAAAGUGGCGCACUGCCAGCAAACGAUGGUCUCCGUGCUUUCCUCUCUUCGGUCAAGAAGGAUCCCAGCAUCCUCAACUCUCACGAGUCUGUCAACACACUUGCCUUGGAGAUUGGUAAGAAGUUGGCCAGUCUGCUCCUCACUGGCGACGUGGACCUGGACAUCAGUAUGAACACUGCAGAUAUGGGACUUGAUUCCUUGGUUGCUAUUGAGUUACGUGGCUGGUGGAAACUCACAUUUGGUUUUGAGAUUAGCACACUCGAGAUGCUUAGCAUGGGAACGUUGGAGGCAUUGGGUAAGCGCACUGCGGAGGGGCUCAAGGGGCUCUAUGAUCACUAG